AUGGAUACCGUGUCCCUGGAGCAUCAGAUCCAGAGUGUGCAACGCCACAUCAGCUUCCUGAAAAAGGAGCAGAUGGCCCUGCUUCGAGACCUGCACCUGGAGAUCCUGAGGCUGCAGAAACGCUGCUCAGAACUGACUCAUGACCUGGAGAUGAGAGAGGCCCAAUCUCACCAGCAAGAGGCGGCGUCCCGGGAGCUGGAGAGCAAGUGCCGCGCACUGGAGUCGCAGCUGGCGGCGCGAGCGGCCGCCAACGCCGAGCUGCGGCGGGAGGUGGCGCAGCGCGAGGCGCUGGUGUCUGCGCUGCGCUGCAGCCUGCGCACGGAGGAGCGCCGCUUCCUGGAGGAGCUGCGGCGCCGCAGCCACCGCGCCACGGUGCUGGGCACCGAGCUGCAGAAGCACACCGAGGCGGCCGCCUACCUCUCCUGUCAGCUGCACGCGGCGCGCCAGAGACUGCAGACUCCCUGGGCCGCCUGGGACCGCGCGGCCCGCGCCCUGGACGACAUCGACCCCAUGCCCGAUCCCGCACUCUUCCUCUACGCCCGGAGGCCCCCGCGGCCCAGCGGCCGCAGCCCGCGCCAGCCGCCUCCCCAGGAGCCCCCGGACCGAGCCGGCCCGCCGGCCGCGCCCAACCCGCCCAGCGCGCCCGGGGAGCCGGAAUAG